AUGUCAAUGACAGGCAUUCCGUCGCUGUGGUGGGGCAUUUCAGCCUCGAUGCUGCGACAGUCGACAUACUCGACGGCGAGGUUUGGGCUGUACAAUCAAUUUGCCAACAAGGCUCGGGAGCGGUCAGGCGCUGCACGACUCACGAGUGGAUGGGAGAUUGUCUGCGCUGGUGCUGCUGGUGGCCUGGCUGGACUUGUUGGGAAUCCGACAGAGGUUGCUCUUGUGAGGAUGUGUGCCGACGGAGCGAAACCGCCAGCCCAGAGGUUCGGGUACAAGCACGCCCUCGACGCGAUUUUGAGAAUCGGUCGGGAGGAAGGCAUACAGACCUUCACUCGAGGUCUUGGUCCAAACGUCGUCCGCAGUGUGAUCAUGAUGUAUGAGUGCUCACAAACUCUCAGGUAUUCCGCAGCCAAGCGCCGUCUUCUUUCGAACCCUUCACUCGGCCUCAAAGACGGAGUAUUUACGCACUUUCUGGCUUCCUUGGUUGCAGGCACGGUCGCGACAACUGCUUGCGCACCGGCGGACGUGUUGAAGAGCCGGAUCCAGAACGCAGUGGCCGUCGACGGAAGCGUAAGCAGGAUCAUUACCGAGUCGCUGCGGACGGAAGGUCCACGGUUUUUGAUGAGGGGCUGGACACCUGCCUGGCUCAGGCUUGCGCCGAACACAGUGCUUACUUUCAUCUUCAUCGAGCAGCUGCAGAGGCUCGUGACCAUGUCCAGAAAAGAGGACUCAAUAGACCCUGCCCGGGCCAAUGUGCCUGCCCAGAAGAUUUGA